AUGUCAUUGAAAAGGACUUCUGUGGAGAAUUCCAAGCUGGCAGAAGGCUUCAGUCAGCAGUCUUAUAUGAAGGGGUAUGUGGUGGCGGGCCCUCCGUCUGCUGGGGCUUUUAAGAAACACCUGUAUAGACCGACCACUUUGCGCAAAGCGUACGAUAAUGGACUCCUGCCAUUAAUGGUGGUGCAUGGCGGUGUACGCAACAACAUAUCAUGGAUGGCACAAAUCCAGAGGCUGGACUACUACUACUACCUGCCUCUGUUCUUUGAUGGCUUACGUGAGACUGAUCAUCCAUACGAGCUCUUUGCCCGCCAGGGGAUCCAUGACCUGUUGGAACAUGGAGGCGACAAGAUCCUGCCCAUCAUCCCCUGGCUCAUCAUCCCCAUAAAGAAAGCCCUGAACACACGGGACCCCCGGGUGAUCUGCACAACGCUUAAAGCCCUGCAGCAUCUGAUCAUGUGUACAGACAAGGUGGGAAAAGCUCUGGUGCCAUACUUCAAAAAUAUUCUCCCCAUGUUCAACUACUAUAAGAAUAAGAACAUCCGCACUGGUGAUGCUAUUGACUACAGCCAGAGGAAGGGACAGAACAUCGGGGACCUGGUUCAGGAGACUCUGGAGAAGAUGGAGCGUUACGGAGGAGAGGACGCCUUCGUAAACAUCAAACACGUGGUGCCCACCUACCAGUCCUGCAUGACCAACCUUCACAACCUUCACAACCUUUACAACCUUCACAACCUUCAAAACCUUUACAACCUUUACAACCUUCACAACCUUCACAACCUUUACAACCUUCACAACCUUUACAACCUUCACAACCUUCACAACCUUUACAACCUUUACAACCUUCACAACCUUCACAACCUUUACAACCUUCACAACCUUUACAACCUUCACAGCCUUCACAACCUUCACAACCUUUACAACCUUCACAACCUUCACAACCUUUACAACCUUCACAACCUUUACAACCUUCACAGCCUUCACAACCUUCACAACCUUUACAACCUUCACAACCUUUACAACCUUCACAACCUUUACAACCUUCACAGCCUUCACAACCUUCACAACCUUUACAACCUUCACAGCCUUCACAACCUUCACAACCUUCACAGCAUUCACAACCUUCACAACCUCCACAACCUUCACAGCCUUCACUGCCUUCACAACCUUCACAACCUUUACAACCUUCAUAGCAUCCACAUCAUUCACAACAGUUAUCUUGCAGAAUGA